AUGGAAGUUGAAAGAUCCAGCCUUGGCAUCUCAGUCACUCAGCAAAAAUAUGUCAUCGACCUCUUAUAUGAAACCAGGAUGAUUGGAUGCAAGCUAGUUGACACACUGAUGGAUCCUAAUACCAAACUUGGAGCACAGACAAACAGAAUAAAAGUUGAUACAGGAAGGUACCAACAUCUCGUGGGAAAAUUAAUCUACCUAGCUCACACUCGGCCUGAUAUAAGCUUUGUUGUAAGUGUUGUUAGUCAAUUUCUCAACAAUCUCGCAGAGGAACACAUGGAUGCUGUCUAUUUGAUUCUUAGGUACAUCAAAGGAACACCAGGAAAAGGGCUAAUGUUCAAAAAAUAUUUUCACAAUGGUCUUAAAAUCUAUGCAGAUGCAAAUUGGGCAAGUUCUCUGACUGACCAAAGAUCCACUUCUGGAUACUGCUCCUAUAUUUGGGGAAAUCUCGUAUCUUGGCGCAACAAGAAGCAUCAGGUAGUAGCUCGCAGUAGUGCUGAAGAAAAAUUUCGUGCCUUAGUAGAUGGAAUUUGUGAAGGAAUGUGGCUGAAACGCUUACUUGAUGAACUCUGA